AUGCCGCGUUAUUCCAAGCAGGCACUCCCUCGAUACACGCCCUCGGCACGAUUUCCUAUUACCAGCGCGUUGCACAAAGCCCUUCCUAUCAAAGGAAGCAGAACCCAGAAACCGAGCAUUAUAAGCGAAGGGCUAUGUGACGAUAUUCUGAAACGCCUUUCCCCGUAUCUCUCGCGAAAUGCUCCGGUAGACGUACUUGAUCUAUGGCCUGGCGCCGGCGUCCUCUCCUCCAAAAUAAACGACUACCUGAAACCGCGCAGGCAUGUCCUCAUUGAGCCGGAACUGGAUAUUUUUAAGCGAUUCAUUGAGCCCUGGGCAAAGAGUCGGCCAAGCUGCUCAAUAGUCGAAACGAAACUCACCGGCCUGCGAGAUUGGAAAGGCCUGCUUGAUGAACACUUUCCGGAACAAAGCCCGGCAAACACCCAUAAAAGCGGGCUCCUGGCAAGCAAUGACACAUUGUUGGUCCUGGCAAACCCGCCUGGCCCGCGUUCGGCGAAAGACCACUUUCGUGCCUCGCGAUGGGUACAGGUGUUUAUGGAGGAAUGUCUUCGGCAGAACGGCUUGCAUGCCUACGGAAGUGUACGGCUUCUGGUCUCGCUGACCGCAGCAGACGUGAACGCAAUAUUACCGCGCAACAUCGGCUCCCGUGUUCGACAAUCGCUUCUAGCCGAACAGGCCGCCCUUCAUGCAUUCGAGGUAGCAUCAACGGUUGAAGAUCAGAGAGGAUAUCAUGCUUAUUCAAGGCAAUGGGAUGUGCUUACAGCGGUUGAAGAGCGCGUUAAACAGAGGACCUCUGAGACGGGUGUUUUCGUUCCAACGGGUCGAGCAUUCCCGCCGAUUGAAGCAGCGCCUGAGAGCCCUAUCCCUGCUCCGAAACCAGUGCCCUACACGUUCCGUGCCAUGACCCCUCAGCAUGAGAAAUAUUUGAGUGAUAUGGAGAAACUCAAGGCAGUGAGCCCAAAGGCAGCUGAAUAUGAGGAGGCCCAGAAUCAAUACCGCAAAAUAGCCGCGGCGAUCAAUCAUGACAACCACCAGAUAUACUGUCGCAUUAAAGUAUGCAAAAUCCAGAGCGAGAUUGAUGACCUCAACAAAGAGGUCUCGCGGGUUGCGGCACGCCCGGAUACCACGCUUAGUACCAUCAACCGCCUCGUCAAGCGGAUUGAAGCUGCUGAAGCUACUCUCAACAAAGAAACAUCCAGUCUUCAUUCCGAAAUCUCUCGCUCUCUGCCCUACCUAAAAGACGACAGGCGGGCAGUUUACCAUAAUGAUGACCUGGACAACUCCCUUCUUCUUUUCGACCGCCGGCCCUUCAACCCCCUCUUUAUCGAACCGGACGAGUUGUAUCCUCAAAAUAUCUACAGGACAUGGAUGUACUUCGAAGCGGACCCAAACCCCGUACCGCUUCGGUACAUGCAGCAACUCGACGAGAAACAGAAAGACAAGGCCUCUAAUUUCUUCACGGCCUUUUCCGUCUCCCUCCAAGUCAGCAACACCGUUACCGUCCCAAACCUGAUGAAGCGCAUCUUCCACACGUACUCCGCGAAUGACCUGGUCAGGGCCGCCCCCACCCUCGCCAUUUACGCCUCCAAGCGCCCAAAACCGGACUUUGAUUCAUUACCUAAAACCGUGCACUACGAUCCACUCUGUCUCAGCGCAAAGCAAGAUCCCGCCUCUGGUUAUCAAGAGAACCUCGACUAUGACUUGAGCGAAGUCCGUCUCCGCCUACUCUCCGUCGAGACCGUUUGGAGCCUUGCUGUUGAAUUUGCCAAAAAUGGCAUGGAUAUUCCUCUUGUCGACCUGACUCGGAUAAUGGGGGGUACGACUACAGCUGCGCAAACCAGAGAUUUUGGUGAUAGGAUGCGAAAGAGGUGGUGA